ACAAAAACCUCGGGUCGGGUAUCAUGUAGCUUCCCGAUGCUUGGAGACCCGGACUACUCAAAAGCCCUGUCCAACGAAGCGCGGGAUCGAAAGACGAACCUUCCGGAACAACGCACUAAAAAUCUCCGCUGCCUGAAAUCGUCCUCCUCUCUCAACCCAUCUCCCUCUCAUACAUCAAGAUCUCAGAGCAACCAACGGCAGAGAAACGAAGAUGGGGAUAAUCAAGAGCAGCUUCUCGUUCAUGGCGGGGACCCUGUGCGGCAUCUACAUCGCUCAGAACUACAACGUCCCCAACAUCAAGAAACUCGCAAACACCGCCCUCUUCCUGGCCAAGCACAUCGAAGAAUCCUACCGCAAGCCCAAGAAGAAAGGCGACGACGACUGAUCAGCUCUUGGAAUCUUCUAGAAGCGCCAGCAGAGGUUUCUUUGGAUUGUGAUUUGAUUCCAAGAAGGGCAACCUUAAAGUCGAAGCUGCUAAUAUGAGGAACAAACAGAAGGGAUCUUUGUUUAGAGCAUAAAUUUUCAGAUGGCUCACCUUUCACAUCAGUUACCUAAUGGAUUGCAUCAUUCCAUCCAUUUUCUUUAACUGAAUUUUCAUAUCAGAUGUGUAUGGGGUAUGCUGUAAAUUGUAAUGUUUUAGAUUGGCCAAUUGGGUGAUGGACUCACUUUUGAACCUUGGUGAUUUUGUUGGUGCGGUUGAUUAUUCAACACAUACAUGGGUGAAUUUCAUGUA